AUGUCCCGGCGAUUCCUUCCGCCGAUUGUCCCACUGGUUCUGCUACUGCUAGCGUCGACCUCCUCACCGGCCACCGCCGCAGCCGAGGCGAUCUUGCAGUUGCACGUCGCGGAGGCGCCGUCCGCCGUUGGCUGCAGCCGGAGCGCGGCGGCGGCGGCGCAGGUGGUGGUGGAGAGCUGCACGGAGGACAUCGUCAGGUCCUUCUUCGGAGUCCGCGGCAGCGACGUCUGCUGCCACGCGCUGGAGGAGGUCGGCGCUGGGUGCUACCGCGCGGUCUUCUCCGGCUCACCGUUCGUGGAUAUCUACGCCACCAUCCUCGGUAACGUCUGCGGCCUCGCCGCUGCUCCAGCUCCUAGCCCCGGCGCAAUGCGCAUGACAGAAUGAUCGUACUAGGACUAUAUGCAGGCCUGCUAGUGUGCUAGGAUCGACAAUUCGACGUAGUAUUAAAAGAUCCUAGCAAUGGAUGUUAGUAUCAUGGAAAGUUAAAUUAAGGUUGGGCCC